CUUUAGUGUUUACAAUAUAUGUGGCUCACUGAUUUUUCUCUCCUGGAGAAUUUCUCUAUGCGCUCUUUUUCCUCUCCUCUCACUUUCUUUCCUUCUCUUCUUUCUUCUCUUCCUUUCUCUCCUCUCUGCCUGGGCUCUCUGUUCCUUCUCUGAUGGUUGGUGUGUAUCACGCAAGGGAAGGAUGAAGCCUUUUUAUAGGAAAAGUUGAUAGCUUCCCCUGAGUGUGCAAUAAACUCAUGCACCAAAGUCUUCAAACAAAUAGUAAGUGGGCUCCACUACUUUAUUCUUUACAACAAUAAUGUACUUUUUCUAUGGGUAUAUUUUUGCUUACCAAUUUAACCCAAAGCAAAAAUCUCCUCUUUUCCCACUAAUAAUGCACACAUAAACAAUCUUCCCUGGUAGUCCAACUAUUCGAGUGUGGACUUCUGGAUCUUAAAAAGACUGCGACUCCACACCUUUGGUUUCCCCUUCCCAUUCCCUUCCCUCUCUCCCUCGAGUCUUUGCCUUUGAGCGACUCUAUCUUUUUCUGCGUCUCUCUGAAUAUUGUGAGGACAGAGAAGAAAACUGUGGAAAUGGAGAGGUACUUGAAGGACUUCGAGGUGGAGAGCAAGAAUCCUUCGGAGGAAACUAUUCGGAGAUGGAGAAAAGCCGUCGCGCUCGUCAAGAACCCUCGCAGGAGGUUCCGCUUCGUCGCCGAUCUCGCUAAGCGUAACGAGACCGAGAAGAAGAAGCGUCAAAUGCAGGAAAAGAUUCGAGUUGCUCGUUACAUUCAAAAACCAGCACUGCAGUUUAUUGAUGCUGGUGCUGGUGAUCGAUCCAAUGAAAAGCCAGGACAGGAUGAAUACAAGCUGUCUGAAGAUGCCAGAACCGCAGGUUUCAGCAUUCACCCAGAUGAACUUGCAUCUAUCACGCUUGGCCAUGAUAUUACGGCCCUGAAAAUGCACGGUGGAAUUCAUGGGAUUUUAAGGAAAGUCUCUGUCUCACUAGAUGAAGGUGUCAAGAAUAGUAACAUACCAAUCAGGCAAAAUGUUUAUGGCAUAAACCGCUAUACGGAGAAACCUCCCCGAACAUUUUUUGUGUUUGUAUGGGAAGCCCUACAAGACUUAACAUUAAUAAUCCUUAUGGUAUGCGCUGUGGUUUCAGUAGGAGUUGGAAUUGCCACUGAGGGGUGGCCAAAAGGCAUGUACGAUUGUGUGGGAAUUUUAAUUAGUAUAAUUUUAGUGGUUAUGGUUACUGCCAUUAGUGACUACAGACAGUCGUUGCAAUUCAAGGAUUUGGACAGGGAGAAGAAAAAGAUUUUUGUUCAGGUCACUAGGGAUAAAAAAAGACAAAAAGUUUCCAUUUAUGACUUGGUUGUUGGAGAUAUUGUCCAUUUGUCAAUUGGGGACCAAGUUCCAGCUGAUGGAAUUUUCAUAUCAGGAUACACUUUGCUGAUUGAUGAGUCAAGCUUGUCAGGUGAGAGUGAGCCGGUGAAUGUAUAUGAAGAGAAGCCUUUUCUUUUUUCAGGAACUAAAGUGCAGGAUGGGUCAGGUAUAAUGCUGGUGACAACAGUUGGUAUGAGAACCGAAUGGGGAAUGUUGAUGGAAACUCUGAGUGAAGGAGGAGAAGAUGAGACCCCACUGCAGGUAAAGCUGAAUGGUGUUGCUACAAUUAUUGGUAAAAUUGGUCUGACUUUUGCUGUGUUGACAUUUUUGGUAUUGGCAGUAAGAUUUUUGGUGGAAAAAAUACUUAACAACGAGAUCACUGAUUGGUCUUCAACUGAUGCAGUAACCCUAUUGAACUACUUUGCUAUUGCGGUAACUAUAAUUGUUGUUGCAGUUCCCGAAGGAUUACCAUUGGCAGUGACGCUGAGCCUUGCUUUUGCUAUGAAAAAAUUAAUGAAUGAUAGGGCACUCGUAAGGCAUCUCUCAGCAUGUGAGACAAUGGGUUCUGCUAGUUGCAUUUGCACAAAUAAAACAGGGACAUUAACCAUGGACCACAUGGUAGUUAACAAGAUAUGGAUAUGUGAAAAACCUUUACAUGUAAAAGGUAAGAGUAAAGAAAUAUUGAGUUCAGAAAUAUCUGGAGCAUCAAGCAUCCUUUUACAGGUUAUAUUCCAAAAUACAAGCUCUGAGGUUAUUAAGGAAGACGGAAAGACCUCCAUUUUGGGGACACCAACAGAGUCAGCAUUAUUAGAAUUUGGGUUACUUUUGGGUGGCGAUUUUGAUGCUGUGCGCAGAGAGGCUAAUAUUCUUAAGGUUGAUCCUUUCAAUUCUGUGAGGAAGAAAAUGUCUGUGCUUGUAGCUUAUCCUCAUGGUGGGAAACGAGCAUUUUGCAAAGGUGCAUCAGAAAUAGUACUGGGAAUGUGUAACAAAUUUAUUGACUUUAAUGGAGAAUCUGUUAUUCUCUCCCAAGAACAGGAAAAGAAUAUCAAGGAUGUCAUUGAUUCUUUUGCUUCUGAAUCCUUGAGAACUCUCUGCUUGGCUUUCAAAAAUAUAGAUGACUCUUCCAUCGAAAAUGACAUCCCCGAUAAUGGCUAUACAUUGAUAGCAGUUGUCGGUAUCAAGGAUCCUGUGUGCCCUGGGGUCAAGGAUGCAGUUCAAACUUGUUUAGCUGCUGGAAUAACUGUACGAAUGGUCACUGGUGACAAUAUAUAUACGGCUAAAGCCAUAGCUACAGAAUGCGGCAUACUCACAGAAGAUGGUUUAGCCAUAGAAGGACAGGAGUUUCGUAAGAUGUCUCUUGAGCAGAAGAAAGCUGUUAUACCGAGGAUUCAGGUGAUGGCUCAGUCUUUACCGUUGGAUAAGCACGCCUUGGUAAAAACUCUGAGAGAUGAAUUUGGUGAGGUAGUUGCAGUGACUGGCGAUGGGACCAACGACGCUCCUGCUUUGCACAAGGCAGACAUUGGACUUGCUAUGGGCAUCGUAGGAACAGAGCCAAUUCAUGGAUGGUAUAUACAUGUUGCCAAGGAAAGUGCUGAUGUCAUCAUAUUGGAUGACAAUUUUAAGACUAUAGUAAAUGUGGCCAGAUGGGGACGUUCAGUGUACAUAAACAUUCAAAAGUUUGUGCAGUUCCAGUUGACAGUUAACGUUGUUGCUCUAAUAAUCAAUUUUGUUUCUGCAUGUGUCUCAGGAUCUGCUCCCCUUACGUCUGUGCAAUUGCUUUGGGUCAGCAUGAUUAUGGACACUCUUGGGGCAUUGGCACUGGCAACAGAGCCUCCAAAUGAUGGACUUAUGAAAAGUCCCCCUGUUAGGAGGGGUACAAGCUUCAUAACCGAGGCCAUGUGGUGGAAUAUCAUUGGCCAGAGUAUCUAUCAACUGAUUGUCCUUGGAGUUCUCAAUUUCUAUGGGAAACAGCUACUUGGACUUUCUGGUUCAGAUGCAACUGAAGUUCUAGACACUGUGAUAUUCAACACAUUUGUGUUUUUCCAGGUGUUUAAUGAGAUAAACAGCCGUGACAUAGAGAAGAUAAACAUAUUCGUGGGCAUGUUUGACAGCUGGGUAUUCCUAGGCGUCAUGGUUUGCACAGUGGCCUUCCAAGUUAUCAUAGUAGAGUUCUUGGGAGCUUUUGCUAGCACUGUUCCACUAAGCUGGCAACUAUGGUUGCUCUCCAUUUUACUUGGAUCUGUUAGCAUGCUUGUUGCAGUUGUUCUCAAGAACCUUCGCAGGAGGUUCCGCUUCGUCACCGAUCUCGAUAAGAAGCGUCAAAUCCAGGCUUCUUCGGUAGAGUGGGCGUUCUUACUCUCUGCCCUCUGCCUAGAGAUUUUGUCCCUCGCUUUUGAUCAGGCUUCCUCCCCAAGUAAGCCCCACUAUGCACUGUUUGGUAUGAUAUUGGCUAUUGCAGCUGUACUCAUUUGCAUCUGGGAGCUCAUUGACAAGGGUAAAAGGGAAAGAGUUGUAUUAAGGCAGUGGGGACGGUUGUGGUGGUUCUAUUAUCCAGAUCCCCCGCCUAGGCUUUUUGGUACUGUUCUGAACUUUUAUGGAUUAGUUGGGGGAAUUGCCCAGUGUAUUUGCUCGACUGUUCAAUACGUUUUCUUCCUUCGGCAUGCUGAUAAUCCUAUCAAAGUAUCCCUUUGGCCUGCCAUCUUUGUUAUAUGCUUAGGUGCUAAAAGAUUAAAUGAUAAUCGAAAUGAGAUCCACAGAGAUUGAACAAAGACUAAUUGAGAGCAGACCAAAUAAGGGGAUGGUUGUAAAAGAUUGUUGUUGCGAGUUUUAGAUUUCAAUUUUAGUUAUGUGGCCGUGUCUGUUGUAAAAUAUUGUAGUUUUGAUGCAUAUAUGCUGCUUUUCCUUCUGUAUGGACUGAAGUGAUCUUGGC